ACCUAAUUGGUUCUCUAAUUGAAUUUCAAUUCUCUUUAAUCGAGCGUUUAAUUACUUGGCGAUGUUUUAAUUAUACUAAUAGAGCUGUAUAAUAAGUAACCCGUUCAAAGUUUAACUAGUUUAUUUUUCUUUACAAAUUAAAUCGCAUCGGACCAUCACGAGCAGAGCAAUUCAGCAUUCCACGGGUAGCAACCCACAACCUUUACUGAGAAAGAUCACUAGAAGAUCUACAGUUCCAACAGUUCCCGCAACAGUUGUUAUUUCACUGUCAAUUUGUAAUUAGUAGUUUUUGUUGUAUCAGAUUGGUGACAUUGUUUAGUGAUUGACCAAUCAACACGAAUCUUGACACGCCCCUUGAAUAUUCGUUUUCGGUGACUGAAUGCGAGUCGACGGAUAAACAGUUUCAAUAAAAUUUUUCACUGAUUUUGUAGUUUUGAUUGAUUGAUGAUCUGAUUGACAUUGAUAAAACUUUAAAAUUAUUUACAAUGACGGAGCAGCAGAUGGAUUGUGCAUUGGAUUUGAUGAGAAGACUACCUCCUCAACAGAUUGAAAAAAACUUAAGUGAUUUAAUAGAUCUAGUGCCAUCUCUCUGCGAAGAUCUUUUAUCUUCAGUUGAUCAACCUCUAAAAAUUGCAAAAGACAAAGAAUCUGGAAAAGAUUAUCUACUAUGUGAUUAUAAUAGAGAUGGAGAUUCUUAUAGAUCACCUUGGAGUAAUACUUAUGAUCCACCAUUAGAAGAUGGUUCAAUGCCUUCUGAGAGACUCAGAAAGUUAGAAAUAGAUGCAAAUCAUGCAUUUGAUCAGUACAGAGAACUUUAUUUCGAGGGUGGAGUCUCUUCUGUCUAUUUAUGGGACUUGGAUCAUGGUUUUGCAGCAGUGAUUCUAAUUAAAAAAGCAGGGGAUGGUUCAAAGAAAAUCAAAGGCUGUUGGGAUUCCAUUCAUGUAGUAGAAGUUCAAGAGAAGUCCACUGGACGAACUGCGCACUACAAAUUAACUUCCACUGCCAUGCUUUGGUUGCAGACUAAUAAACAUGGAUCUGGAACAAUGAAUUUAGGAGGAAGUCUUACUAGACAGGUGGAACAAGAUGCUCAAAUAAGCGAAAGUUCUCCUCAUAUUGCAAACAUUGGUCGCAUGGUCGAGGACAUGGAAAAUAAAAUUCGAAAUACUUUAAAUGAAAUAUAUUUUGGAAAAACGAAAGACAUUGUAAAUGGAUUAAGGUCUGUGCAAUCUUUAGCCGAUCAAAGACAACAGGCUGCUCUUAGACAGGAUCUAGCGGCCGCACUUCAAAGGAGAAACGCCAAUAAUUGAUCCUGCGAAGAGGAUCAACUUUUCUUCGAUCUAGAAGAAUGUCAAUAAAAAAAGAUAAGAAAAAUAUCGUAAAUGAUAAAAUUAAAAAUCGAAUUGUUGCUGUCAUUAUUGACGAGAAUUUUGAACAGUUUCCUGUGAUAUGCAGGGUGCAGCGGUAAAGAUGAAUUUUUCCUGAAGUAUUAAAGAAUGAAUAAUUGAAUAUCAAUUAUUAAUUAUGUCGAGAUUUUGAAUAUAAUAUUAAGAAACAUUACGAGUGUCUGGGUUUUAUGUAUAUAUAUAUAUAUAUAUAGGAUGUGCCUAAAGGUAUGUAACACCUAAAAUCACUAUUUACACUUCAAACCAAUUAAUUUAUCAUAUUUUCAUGGAAUGCAUAUUUACGUUAAAAAUGUUUUUAAAUAUAGGUACAAUAAACAUGUUUAAGUUUUAUGUUUUUGCGUGGUUACUUAUUUUAAAUAUACUUAAAUUAAGUAUUAAUUUAUGAAGCAUUAUUGGGAAGUUUUUGUACACUUUCAUAGAAUUGCAUAUUGUUUACUAUUAUUUUUAUAGAUUGCUAUAUUUCUCGUUAUAUCCAAGAAUUUUAUCUAUGAAAAUGUACAAAACUUUCAUAAUAGUGCUUUUUUAAUCAUCCAGUAUGCCUAUAAUGUUUAAUACACAUAGGCAUAAAUUAUAAAACUUUAAUAUUUUAUACUUUUAUAAACGUAUCUAAGUUUUACAAUAAAUGAAAAAAAGCAGUCAUAAUCGCAUUUAAUAUACAUCUUUGUGUUACAUAUCUUUUGUCAUGUUCUUUGUAUAUUGUGUGUAUGUGUGUGCGUGUAUGUGUAUAAGGGAUAAAAGCGUAUGCUUGUGCUUACUAGCACAAAUAUACAUAAUGGCACUCGUAAUGUUUUUUUAAUCAUUAAUAAUUAAUAAUAAUACGAGAUAUAAGAGUAUUAAUGUUUGAAAAUGUAGGAAUAUUAAAGAGAAUAUUUGCGAAUAAACUUCUAAUAAAUUAUUGAGUACCCACCCAAAUAUGUUUAAUAAUACUAGAACUUAACUAAACGAAAAUUUCAGUCAUUUCUAAUUUUUAUAAAUUCUCGUAAAUUACUAUCGAAUACUAUUUGAUUGACUUUUAAUUGAAUUCAAAAUUUAAAUAUAGAAUGUUAACUACAAACUUUAUUAAUUAUUGCUAAUCAAAAUACUAAUAGGACUGUCUAAUAAAAAAAAAAUGUUAACGAUGAAAAAGAAUUAUAAAAGCUCAAUUUAAAAAAAAAAUAUACCACAAUAAAACUACAAGCUACAAAAUAUAUAAAAGGUGACACGAAAGCAUCGACUGCUUUUUAUCUCAUUUAUUUAUCCUCCAUUGACUUCUGCCGUAUAAACAAAUGCUCGUUGGUAAUCAUUUUUAGUUAUAUAUUUUACGCCUGUGUUUCCUGGUUUUAAUUUCAUAAUCAUGUACUUUUGUAUAUACUUGUGUGUAUUUUCAUAUACUUUACCACCGCAUAUAUGUGUAUGUGUGUGUGUGUGUGUGUGUGUAUGCAUACGUAUCUUUACUUCCUUAUAUACGCCAAUGCUGGUUAAAUUUUUUCAAAUGUAUAUGUAUAUAUAUAUAUAUAUAUUAUAUUCGUAAAACAUGUUUUAUACAUUGAUUUUAUGCGUAUACAUAGUAUUAAAUAAUAUUAUAAGAAUAUUUUCAAACUGUGUGUGUCAAUGCAUCUGUGGUGGAAAAAUGAGCUAUUAUACUGAUAAGUUGGAUUCUAUUAAUAUUUAUUAUUAAUUGGAAACUAAGACAAAAAUAAUACUCUCGGAAUAUCAUUAAAAUAUUGAUCAAUUAAUAAAAA